AUGUUUUUCAACAUUGCUUUUUUUAAAAAUCAAAAUUUGUAGCAAUCAAGUUCAAAAUUUUUUCAUCUCUGUCAAUUAUAAUUCGAGUUGCAUAUUUUUUACUUACGCAUUUGCAUCAACAUCGCCAAUCAAUUGGAGCCAAUAGAGUCACCUGAAGCGUUGGAAGUCUAGAUUUUUAAAUCAUCAAAUUGGAUGAAAUGUCAAGAAAGCGUAACUCGAAUCGUAUAUCGAUGGCGCUUUUGCACUCGAUUGUACCAUGUCCCAGCAUUGAAGAAUACGAAUGUGAAUAUUAUCGGCCUGGUUGUUAUUGCAUACCGCAAGCGAUGCCACAUGUCGCACCCUAUACAUGCGCUUAUCUCCACGAUUACGUGCCUCAGUGGACGGCUGCCUGUCACACGGCCACUUAUGUGGUGGAUGCUUACGGUAUGGUUUAUUAUCUCAGCGAUUUCGAACAUCAGUUGCAAUUUCCCAAUAAUAUGGUUCACACGGAUAUCGUUUACCACUUACCAAACUUUUUUGAUGGUCAGGACUAUGAGGUAGCGACAGAGGAGGUCGAAAGUGAAAUUGUGAGUCCACGUAAACGCGAACGUCUUGAAAAUGAAAAUGAUUCUGAAGACAUGGAACCGGAAUAUAACAAAGAUUUUUGUCAAGAUUACGAAUUUUCUGAUGUCAAUUCUGAGAGUAAUCCACUAAAAAAGUCCAAUGACUCUGAUCAUGAGUAUCUUGUGGAAGAACCAUCUGAUACAGAAACUAAAGUUUAAGAGUGAAAUGAGCGCAGAGUAAAUUGUACUUAUUUGUUUCAUUGUUUGUAUAUUUUGGAAACAUCUUAUUGAAUGUACCCAUUGUCGAAUAUUGCGAAUAGAUUUUUAUUAAAUUUA